AUGAAGAAAGCUCAACGAUCUUCUGGCGCAGCUAUUAUUCCGAUUAACGGCACUGGCACGGACUGGUUAUACUGUUGCAACGCCGUGCAUGGCAAUGGAGAUGGCUUGGUUUGCAGUACUACCCAACGCGAGCCGCAAGACCCCUUCGAGGUCUUCAACAGUUACGUUAUCCCUGGUGUCGCAGCGCUAUCGAACCUAGUGAGGGACCCCGAGCAUACGUCUUCUAUUGUAGCGAACGGUACCAUUACCGGUACUAUGAAGAGCAACUGCACCAACGAUGAGGCAAACAAUGUCACUACUAGCAGCCUGAGUAGCAGCCCGAGUAGCAGCAGCUGCCACGACGUGGCAAUCGGUGCAGGUGUUGGCGUCCCUCUGGGUGUCAUUGCUCUACUCUCUAUCGCCUGGGCGCUUUGGGAAAGGAUGAAAAGAAAGAGUAUGUCUCUUCAAUCAGUCCAGCCAACUCAGUCUGCCAGUAAUAAGUGCCGCAACUCGGAGCCGACUGAACUACAAACAUUUUCAUAUGAGCCAAAUGAACUGGAUGGAAGCUCGCGCGGUGGGUAG